AUGGACACCCCCGAGGUUGCGACGCCCACGUCAGGCGCCGCUACGCCCCUGACGGUGCCGUCGACGCCGGCCAAGCCCGGCUUUGUACCGUUGGUAACGGUCGUCGACUUUCACCAUGCCCGCGGGCCCGAAGUUGAAUGGUGGUUCGGCGCCGCAGAGGGCACCGACCCGGCGGUCGAGUAUGACUGGGGACUGCUGCCGUUCAUGGCGCUGAGUGACGGCGCGCAUCUAUCAAGCGAGGACUUCUCCUACUUCACCCUCCUCCGCCCCGCCACCGCUACGGGGCCCGCAACGUCCCUGUUCGGCAUCUCGUGCACGCGGCAGCUCGACGCUUCGCAGCUCCUGAACCGCCCCGCCGAGGUGACGCGCUCGACGGUCCAGAAGGCCGUCGUCGUCAUCGCCGACACGCCGCAGCACUUUGGCAUGAUGCGUGAGCGCCUCAGCGUCGUCACCCAGGCCUGGUUCGCCCAGCGCGAGUUCACCGACACGGAGAUCCUGCGCCGCUUCCAGGAGAGCCUCGCCGAAGAGAAGGAGCGCGGCUUCCUCACCGAGGAGGAGAGCCGCGACCAGUACCUCGGCAUGAGCUUGCGGGAGCUGGUCCACGAGUUCAAGUGGCAGACACUGGUGCUGUUCAAGUGCUGUCUGCUGCAACCAAAGAUGCUCUUCUUCGGAUCACGGUGUGAACGGUUAUGCAUGAUGCAGUUUUCCCUCAUUUCUCUGAUACCCGGCCUAAUUCGUAAUCUCAUCGACUGCGCCGACCCGGAGCUGAACAACUACGAGAAGAAGCUGGCGCGGCCCACGAGCCUGCGGACCAGUGAUCGUAACUCCCUGCUCACUUACAUGGGCCUCCCUCUCCAGAUAUUCGGCAAGCAGCUUGACAUCCUCGCCGACUUUGGCACCAAGUCGUACAUUGUCGGCAGCACAAAUUCACUACUCUUGCAACAAAAGGACCGCUACAGCGACAUUCUGAUUAAUCUGGACGAGCACACCGUCAACGUCACCUCGUCCUCCCUCAGAAGUGCUCUGGCCCUCUCGGCCGCCGACCGUCGGUGGAUCGACUACAUCACCCAAGUCGUCAACGACACGUGGGACGACGCUAAUCCCCAACGGCCCAACACCAUGGGCUACGUCGGCAGCGAGGAGUUCAUCCGCCUCCAGUUCGAGGAGUACAUCCUCUCCCUCGUAUCCUCUGUCAAGUACCACAACCACCUUCUCGCGAACCCAAACAACCCCCGCGCUCUCCUCCCGCACAUCGAGGGUGACCCGUCCCUCGACUACGGCAGCGACUUUAUCGAAUCGUGGUCCCGCACCGAGAACCACCGCAUCUGGAACGCGAACACGGACUCGCACCUCUUCGACGUCGUCGAGCCGCGGCACCCUUGUGCCGGUGGCCUUACCAUCGACGACGUCCAGCGCCGUAUCGCCCAACAGGUGCAGGAUAUGCACCUCGACGAGCGUCUUGCCGUUGGCAAGGAGGUUCUUGGACGGAACUUUGCUGUCGGCAAAGAAAAGGCGUCCAACAUGUUCAACAAGUUCUACGCCGACAUGGAGGCCUUCCGCGAGGCGCAGAAGAAGCGGGCUGAGGAACAGCGCAUCGCGGCCGAGGCCGCUGCCGCCCAGGCUGAGAAGGCCGGCGGGUCUGCUGCUGCAUCCACGACGUCGCCGGGUGGGGCCGGGGACGCGGCCAAGUCGCAGAGCAAUGCCUCCGGAAACAAGGCCACCUCAUACGUCAGCUCGUGGGUUACAUGGGCGGGCGAGAAGCGCAAGGCCGGAUGGGGCGGCGGCGGCAGCGCCAGUGGCAGCAGUUCCCCCACCGCGACCAGCAGUGGCGGAGGAUACGGAUGGGGCCGCGGAUGGGGCAAGUCCAAGACGGAUGUCAAUAAGACUGGCACCAGCGAGAAGGACUCGGCCUCGGUGUCCGGCUCGCGGGUCUCCACGUCCUCCGCAGGUGUGGAGAUCAACCAGAAGCAGUCCAGCGACAGGCACGAUUUCCAGCCGCUUACACAGGGCUCGUAUACGGAAUCGGUCUUCUCCGCAGGUACCGUGGAGUCGGAGACGUCCGCGAGCCCCGUGGCAGACCGUCGGCCGCAGUCCAAGGAGGGUCCUUCCGCCGCGGCGGAUGCGACGACGCCGACAACGGCGACGGCCGCCGGGGGAAGUGGUGGCCGGUUGAACGGGGGAGAGAAUAUGACCAUCAGACCGGUGGCCCCUGACGCCGACGAGGAGGAGGAACACACGACUGCUCCGGCCGCCACCGUUGUUACCCCCGCCGCCGCUACCAGCAGCAGCACCACCACCACCAAGGCCCAGCAGCCAGAACAUGAGAGCGACGACGAUGACACUGAUGAUAAGGAGUCAAGAGCCACGGCGGCAGCUGCCGAGGCGGCGGCCGAAGCGGCCAAGGCCUGGGGCAGCGACCAUUGA